AACAGUAUCCUCUCCUCUCACAUUAUAGCCAUUCCCUACGAAAACCAAAAAGCUCAAAAAGAAAAACACCUUCUUCCACCACCAUCAGAAUCAACCAUCACCCCCGAGACCCAGCACAUGAGAAUCUCUGAUUUCGUAAUUGAAGUCACUGAUGCGCAUGGCGUUUAAUCGUACCCGUUCCUCGGUCUUCGUGCAUUCUAAUCCAAUUCGAAACAUCUAAGCUUAACUUACUUCUACUUCCUCUUGUUUUUUUCCUCUUCAUUUCGCAAACUCGAUCUCAAAAAAAAAUAGGAAAAAAAAAAAUGCUUACAUGCAUAGCACGUCCUAAGAAACUCGGGGAGGACUCGGUGAGUCACGUCGACGAUUCGGACCCAAGCAACAAUGCGAAAAACCAAGCUGUGAAGUCCCUCACAUGUCAGAUAAAGGACAUGGCGUUGAAGGCUUCGGGGGCGUACAAGCACUGUAGCCCGUGCGCGGCGCAGAGUCGACUCAGAAGCGGAGCCGCCGAGUCUGACGCGGACUCGGAGCGGUUCCGGCGGUCGUACCGGAGGACGAGGACUUGGGGAAAGGAGAUGGAGGCGAGGCUCAAGGGGAUUUCCAGCGGGGAGGGGACGCCGAGCUCAGCCACCGGGAGCAGCCGGAGAGUGGUGCUGCUGAUGGAAGAUGACGAGCCUAAGGAGUGGGUGGCGCAGGUGGAGCCCGGCGUUUUGAUCACCUUCGUGUCGCUUCCGCGUGGCGGGAACGAUCUCAAGAGGAUCCGCUUCAGUCGCGAGAUAUUUAACAAAUGGCAAGCUCAAAGAUGGUGGGCAGAGAACUAUGACAAGGUCAUGGAACUUUACAAUGUUCAAAGGUUUAACCGCCAAGCUUUCCCUCUUCCAACUCCACCAAGGUCUGAAGACGAGAGUUCAAAGCGUGAAUCGGUAGAAGACAGCCCUGUCACACCUCCACUGACUAGGGAACAGCUACCUCGUAAUUUAUACCGUCCAGCAGGGAUUGGAAUGGGGUACUCAUCCUCAGAUUCCUUUGAUCAUCAAUCAAUGCAAUCCCGGCAUUACUAUGACUUGAGUGGUAUGAACUCUACCCCAAAGGUGUCCACCAUUAGUGCUGCCAAGACGGAUAUAUCAUCAAUGGAUGCUUCUAUAAGAAGUAGCUCAUCUAGAGAAGCCGAUCGCUCUUGUGACCUAUCAAUCAGCAAUGCCAGUGACUUGGAGACUGAAUGGGUUGAGCAGGAUGAACCUGGGGUUUACAUUACCAUCAGAGCUCUGCCAGGUGGCAAAAGGGAGCUCAAACGAGUCAGGUUCAGCCGAGAAAAAUUUGGGGAGAUGCAUGCUAGACUAUGGUGGGAAGAGAACCGCGCCAGAAUACAUGAAAAAUACUUGUGAGAUUUAUCAAAGGUAUGGCUGUUGGUGCUUUACAAAAUGUGGAGGUGGUGUUGCUUAUUAUUUUGUUUAAUCUCUGUUUUUCUAUAUAAAACCUCGUUAUAGGCGAUUAGAUGUCAUAACGGUGCUACUUGUACCUCUACCUUUUUGGGCCAUAUAUACAUCCCUAGACCCUAGCAAGCUCGAGUCUCAUCUUCGUGCGAUCGAUUCUGGUUCUUCUCUUGGAUGUAGGAAGUAAAUUUAGCAUCUAUUAGUAAAAGAGCAACUGUUUUCUUGAAACUUCUAAGAAAUGAGUGUAAAUUAUA